AUGCGCAGCUUGCAAAUGAUUUUCGGCCUCUCCACCCUCUUGAUGGCCUUCAUCCUGGUAACGGCCACCACCCCGCCGCGACCCACGACCACCAAACGCUCGAUUAUUACCCUGGCCCCCAGGAUCUGUCCCCUGCCGGCGAUCUGUGCCCGCAACAGUCCACGGGUCUGCGGACGAACCCCAGCCGGCGAUUGCCAGCGCUUCAACAACAUUUGCGAUUUGAUGCUGGCCAACAGGCGCAAAGAGCCCGCCGGAGUGCGGCAUACCCGCGACUUGGAUUGCAAGGAUGUGCGCGGCGUGGGGGCAGCCAAUAGGCGUCCCUGCUACCAGCAGUGUCCUCGCCGGCCGGUGGUCUGCAAGCGUUCGCCGCCGGCGCAGCACAUUUGCGUGAGGAGCCGGGACAAGAAGCAGUGCAAGGUGCUGUCCAACAACUGUCAGCUGCGCAACCAGAACUGCCACAGCCGACCCAGGAAUAACUGGCGACGCACUGACAAGCGGCGCUGCGGUGAACGCCAGUUGGGCGACAAGCCUGAGGAAUGCCAGAAGCUGCCACACACUGGAACCCGCAGGACCACCACCCGCAGGACCACCACCCGCAGGACUACCACCACUGCCAGGUCGGCCUAA